AGUUUUAAGAAAAAGUAGAAAUUACUUCUGACUGUACUGAAUAGAAAAAUUAAGUGACUACACUGCAAGUCAUGGCACUACCAUUCCGGAAGGACUUGGAAAAGUACAAGGACCUUGAUGAAGAUGAGCUCCUUGGGAAUCUGUCAGAAACAGAACUGAAACAACUGGAAACUGUUCUGGAUGAUCUUGACCCCGAGAACGCCCUUCUGCCUGCAGGGUUCCGGCAAAAGAACCAGACAUCAAAGACCGCCACGGGGCCCUUUGAUAGAGAGCACCUCCUUUCGUAUCUGGAGAAGGAAGCAUUGGAGCAUAAGGACAGGGAAGACUAUGUGCCCUACACUGGUGAAAAAAAAGGGAAAAUAUUUAUCCCCAAACAGAAACCUGUACAGACUUUUACAGAAGAAAAAGUAUCUCUUGAUCCAGAAUUAGAAGAAGCUUUGACAAGUGCUUCUGAUACAGAAUUGUGUGACCUCGCAGCUAUUCUUGGGAUGCACAAUUUGAUAACGAACACACAGUUCUGUAAUAUAAUGGGAAGUAGUAAUGGUGUCGACCAAGAACAUUUUUCAAAUGUGGUGAAAGGUGAAAAGAUUCUUCCAGUAUUUGAUGAGCCACCAAAUCCAACCAAUGUUGAAGAGAGUUUAAAGAGAAUUAAAGAAAAUGAUGCUCGUCUUGUUGAAGUUAAUUUGAAUAAUAUAAAGAAUAUCCCAAUUCCAACUCUAAAAGAUUUUGCGAAGGCUUUGGAAACCAACACACAUGUGAAAUAUUUCAGUCUUGCAGCCACCCGGAGCAAUGACCCUGUUGCUGUUGCUUUUGCAGAUAUGCUGAAAGUGAACAAAACUCUGAAGAGCUUAAAUAUGGAGUCCAACUUUGUCACAGGAGCUGGGAUUCUAGCACUGAUUGACGCUUUAAGAGACAAUGAAACCCUGGCAGAGCUCAAGAUUGACAAUCAGAGGCAGCAGUUGGGGACAGCUGUAGAAUUGGAAAUGGCCAAGAUGCUUGAGGAAAAUACAAAUAUCCUUAAAUUUGGGUAUCAGUUUACACAGCAGGGACCACGAACCAGGGCAGCUAAUGCUAUAACAAAAAACAACGAUUUAGUGCGUAAGAGACGAGUCGAAGGAGACCACCAGUAAGUCCACCAAGGUAUACUCUUUGGAAGACUUCAAAAGAUCACCAAGGGCUCAUUUUGGUGACAUCAGUUAUAAAAUUUUCCUGGGUAGAAGGGAAAAGACUGGAAAAAAUUUUUUAAUGACAUAUAUAUUUUUUUUUAGUGUAAGUUGUUAUCAGUUUCACAUUAAAAUCAAUAGUAGAUGAUAUUUUAUGUUUUGAAACAUUUCUACUUUCUGCUGAAAUCAAUUUUAAUUUAGUUUAAUUUGAAUAAUUUAUGAUGAGUCUUGGGCAAAAAGAAAAUACAAUUGUUUAAAAAGUUUCAGAAGUCAUUUAUGUAGAAUAAUUUGAACAUUUUGAGGACCAAUCUUUUUUAAAUCGAAAGGGACGUUACUGAUAUCAAAAUUGCUAUUGCUCCCUUUUAGGUAUAAAGCACUUAAAAGCUUUCUUUAUUCCCUGACCUGGAGACUUUAUCAUUUUUUAAAACACAUGAACUUGACAAGAGUGUGGGGUUUUUUUCCUUAUCAAGAGAACAAAAUGCCAGAAUUUUAAAACAGUUGACUCAAAAUCUGGUCAUCUACUGAGGAGCAAAAGCGGAUCUCCAGGGAGAGAAAAUUGUCUUCCGCAUAUUCCGGAUCCCUUCACUUGCCUGAUGUGUCUCAGAAACACCUAGAGUUUUUUUAAACAAAAUCAUCAGCUUUGCCAGGUUACAUAUUUUGUUUAAAAGUGUAGUUAUGUCUAAAUUCAUUCCAGUUUUUCAUUUUAAUAAUGUGGGCAUUAUUAAAUUUUGUGAAAGCUAAUAGUAAAAAGCAUCUGAGUAGAAAAGCUGUUUUUUCCCCUAUAAAAAGGCAUACAGCCAGUUCUUGGUUAUUUAGGGUAAAAGAAAAAA